ACAUGCGCAAUCGCCACCUUCUCAGCGGCAGACUCAGCGUGGCCAUCCCUGGCUAAAAUAAUGACACCCUGGUUUUUGUUUUGUAAAGUGAAAUUGUUGCAAGUCAAACAACAAUAAUACAAAUCAGUAAAAACGCGUUUAAGAAGUCAAAAACAAUUGCCCACACAAAGCACGGCAACAACUGCAAGUGGCUGAACAAAUGACCACCGCCGCCUCCACAUCGCAGCAUGCGACAUCGUCCUCCACAAUGAUGGCGUCGUCCGCCGCCGGUACCGCCCCCACGACCACGCCCAGCAGCUCGGCAGUUCGCGCCCUGGCCAUGGAGUACAAGUCACUGCAGGAAGAGCCGGUCGAGGGAUUCCGCGUCAAGCUGAUCAACGACGACAAUUUGUUCGAAUGGGAGGUGGCCAUCUUCGGGCCACCGGACACCCUCUACCAAGGCGGCUACUUCAAGGCGCACAUGAAGUUCCCGCACGACUAUCCAUACUCACCGCCAUCCAUACGCUUCCUGACCAAGGUCUGGCACCCAAAUGUCUACGAGAACGGUGAUCUGUGCAUAUCCAUACUACAUCCGCCGGUGGAUGAUCCGCAGAGCGGGGAGCUGCCCUGCGAGCGCUGGAAUCCCACGCAGAAUGUGCGCACCAUCCUGCUGUCGGUCAUAUCGCUGCUCAACGAGCCGAACACAUUCUCGCCGGCCAACGUGGACGCCUCGGUCAUGUACCGCCGAUGGCGGGACUCACAGGGUAAGGACAAUGAGUAUCCCAACAUCAUACGGAAACAGGCACUGGCCGCCAAUGCCGAGGCCAAGCGGGAGGGCAUUGUGGUGCCGAUGACCCUAGAGGACUAUUGCCUGAAGCCCACGCGCAAGCCCACAACGGAGUCUGGCCUGGAUGCCAACUUCUAUGAUGAUGAUUUCGAUCUGGAGACGGAGGAUGAUCUGCCAUCUGAUGAUGACUUCGAUGAGGACGACGACGAUGAUGAGGACGAGGAUGAGGAUGAGGACAGUGCCACAGCGCCGAUUAGCAAAAAUAAUGGAGGCAGCAGCAAGUGCAAGAACAACGGGCUGGGCAGGGAGGCGGCCGCUGCCGGAGCGGACGAUGCCGAAUCCGCUGACGACAGCGGCAAGGGCGAGACCACAUAAUGCAGCCAGGCCAGAGUCGCGUCAUCUCUUCCUCCCACUCCUGCCCAAGGCGGCGAGCCACCGCCUUUUCAUUUCUCCAACAUUAUUACUAUGAUUAAUUCUAAUUAUAAACGUUUCAAAACUAAACCGAACAACUGAGAAAACAAUUA